AUGGAGCGCGAAAAAUAUGUCAUUNAGACCGCCGAAGAUAGGGCCAAGGUGCUAGCUGAAGGUCCGUAUCAAAUUUACGGGCGGGGAUUAAUACUCAAGGAGCUUCCCAGGUGGUUCCAGUUCGGGGAAGAUGAUGCUAAAAAAGUUCCGGUAUGGAUCAAUUUACCCUUUCUACCGGCAGAAUGCUUUAAUUCCAAGGCCCUAGGGAAAAUCGCAUCUUACGUGGGCGAACCAAAAGCAACCGACAAAAUCACAGCAACACAGGAGCGUUGCAAUUAUGCUCGUGUCCUGGUGGAGAUGGAUCUAUCGAAAGAUAGGGUAUACAACAUCCCAAUCACCACCAGAGAUGGUAACAAAUUCGAUCAGAAAGUGGAAUAUGAAUAUGUGCCACCUUACUGCAGUCACUGUAAACACAUAGGGCACCCACUUUCAAAAUGCGAUAGAUACAAGGGACACGUAGCAAAGAAAGCCGAGGGUAAAAAACCCGUGCAAGGCAACAAUCUAGCAGCAACUGAAGGUGACAAAACCAAAGGUGGCGACCAACCAGGAAAUGCACCCAAGCACACCAAGCCAUCUACAAAGGCCUCCAGCAAGAAGGCCAAUGCGGAAGACAAGAGACAAGAGCCAAAUGAGCAGAUGAUUGAAUUGGAGGCUUCCAAGUCAGUGCCUAAGGAUUUGGAUGCAAACAACAACCCAGACCCAUCAUCAUCAAACACGCGUCCAGCUAAUGACGGUGGUUGGCAAGAACAACAAGCCAGCCAAGCAAGGCAAUCCCAUGCAGCAGAUGGCAAUAAGAGCAGGAGCAUCUGCAAAACUGAAAGACAAACUCUUCACGAGGAAAGAUACGGCCAAGGACAACCAACCGAAGAAGGGCUCUGGUCCUUCCUCAAAACAAUGAUUAUAGCCGCAUGGAAUAUUAGGGGCUUCAACGCGCCCCUAAAACAGGAUGAGGUUGCCACCCUCAUCCGCAAGAAUAACAUAGAUGUUUUGGGACUUUUGGAGACUAAAACCGACAAUAGGCGCCUCUCGCUCUUUGUUAACAAGCGGCUGCCAGGUUGGGUUUUCUGUGAGAAUUUUGAAGUUAAUGAUCACGGGCGCAUUGCCAUCCUUUGGAAUCCUGCGAAAGUUGACCUUACAGUUCAGAGCAUCUUGCCACAGGUCAUUUUUGCUACACUUCACUGCAAGGUUAGUAAGCAGAUUUAUACGAUUUCUCUUAUAUAUGGACUGCAUUCAAGAGGCGAACGCAAGCAUCUCUGGGAAUCUCUCAAGUUAUUUCAUGCGAGUAGCACAUUACCUUGGCUACUCCUUGGUGACUUCAAUACCAUCCUCAAGGCGGACGAGAGGGUUCAUGGAGACAGAGUCACUUGUAGGGACACCCAUGACCUCGCUGAUCUCUGUACCUCUUUGGGCUUAGUGGAUAUCCCCUCAACUGGUUUAUUUCAUACUUGGACCAAAAAUCGGGUAUGGUCCAAACUUGACAGAGCAAUGGUGGACAAUGCUUGGGAACAGGCCAACCUUUUUGCUCACGCAAACUUCCUACCUUCGGGAAUAUCAGACCAUUCCCCGUGUAUUGUCUCUAUCUUUGAGGCAAGGAGCACAGCAGGAACUCCUUGGAGAUUUUUCAAUAUGUGGGUUCAUCACGAAAAUUUUCUCCCAUAUGUUGAAGAUAUCUGGAGGCAACGCAUCACAGGGACAAUGCAAUUCCGGCUGAGCACAAAAUUGAAAACUUUAAAGAGUAAACUUAAGGAGCUCAAUGAGGAGUCAUUCUCUCACAUCUCUACCAGGGCAAAGGCUGCUAAAACUGCCCUCAAGAGUGCCCAACAGAUUCUACAUGACCACCCAGAUGACAAUGAAAUCAAGUCCAGGAUGCCAAAUCUCAGGCUCCAAGCUAUUAACUUGGCCAAAUCUGAAAAACUGUUCUACCAGCAAAAGGCGAAGUGUCAUUUUCAGAUUAAGAGUGACAAAUGCACACGAUUUGACCAUGCCAUGGUCAAGAAGAGGGCUAAACGCAACUUUAUUCCCUCAAUCACUCGUGAAGAUGGGACACCUACCACCUCACUCGAUGAAGUUGGCAAUGAGUUCGUGGGCUACUACAAGCAGCUGCUAGGGACUGGGGCUGAAACCGAGGACAUUGACUAUCGUAUCAUCUCUUCCGGAGCUUGCCUAUCAGAUGCCGACUGCAAUUUGCUUAUGGCACCAGUGAGCGAAGAUGAUAUCAGAGCUACGCUCAAGGACAUAGCAGGAGACAAAUCUCCGGGGCCUGAUGGUUAUACAUCCACCUUUUUCCUGAAAAGUUGGGACAUUGUUGGAGUGGAUGUGACUGCGGCAAUACAAGAAUUUUUUCGAUCCGGCUCGCUACUGAAACAGUGGAAUCACACUGCACUCACUUUGGUGCCCAAGUCUACUCACACAUCAUCGGUAACAGAUUACAGGCCCAUCGCUUGUUGUAACACAUUGUACAAGAUUUGUUCCAAGCUACUUGCUGGGAGAAUCAGUGAAGUCCUUGACCAAAUCAUUGACAAGGCGCAGGCAGCAUUCGUGAAGGGAAGAAAUAUGUCAGACAAUAUUCACAUUAUGCAGCAACUCCUCCGGCAAUAUGCACGGAAACGAGUAUCCCCCAGGUGCACAAUCAAGAUUGACUUGCGUAAAGCUUUCGAUACGGUCUCUUGGGCCUUUUUGGAACAAAUGCUUGCAGGCCUUGGCUUCCCUAGGACCUUCCAGAAAUUGAUUAUGGAGUGUGUCACAACUCCUUCGUAUUCAAUCUCAGUCAACGGGAGACUAAAGGGGCAUUUUAAAGGAGCACGUGGACUUCGGCAAGGUGACCCCCUAUCACCGUACCUUUUCGUGAUUUGCAUAGAAUAUCUCUCGAGAUUGAUCGCGUACAACACUAGAGAGGGUUCACAGUUUAAUUAUCACUCGAUGUGUGAUUGCCCCAAAAUCACCCACCUUGCAUUCGCCGAUGAUUUAAUGCUUCUGUCCAGAGACUUCGAGGCAAAAUCGGGUCUCCAAAUGAAUAUCCGUAAGUCCAACAUUUAUCUGGCCGGUGUGGAUAAUGAUAAGCGUGCAUCAAUACUUCAUGACACGCAAUUGCAAAGCGGACCAAUGCCUUUCAGGUACCUGGGAGUCCCUCUCACGGCAGAUCGUAUAACCGUGAACCUGUUUAAUGAUAUGGUGCAGCAUAUUGAAUCCCAAAUCAAAGCGUGGCACGCUCAUACACUUUCAUAUGCAGGCCGACUGGAGCUUAUUCGCUCGGUUAUUCAAGGGAUCGAAUGCUUCUGGAUGAGCAUCUUUCAGCUACCGACACUUGUUCGUACCAAAGUUAUCCAGCUCUGUAGGCAAUUUCUUUGGGGCUCGAAGAGUGCAAAUGUCGCUUGGGAUAAUAUAUGUUUGCCGCGCUUGGAGGGGGGAGUGGGACUUCGGGACAUAAGGGCCUGGAACCAAGCUUUACUCACGCGCACGCUAUGGAACAUUCAAGGCAAAAAAGAUAGACUUUGGUACAAGUGGAUUGACCAAGUCUAUCUCAAAGGCAGCAGUAUUUGGGACUGGACGAUCAAAAAGAAUGACUCGCCGCUUUUCAAGAGCCUAUAUGAGAUCCGGAACGCCCUGAUCGCAAAGGCUGGGAGUGAGCAAGCUGCAGCCGCUCUAUUGCGCAAAUGGAGAAAUGGAGUUGUCUGGGGUCCAGCCAACACACCCAAACACUCCUUUAUCACGUGGCUAGGAAUAGUUAACCGGCUCCGCACCAAAGACCGGCUGGGAUUCAGGGACGAGGAUCCAACUUGCAACUUGUGCAACAGUGCAGAGGCCAUCGACACUUCAUGGCGCCUUGAAAUGGACAAAAAGAGAAGCACGAGGGGCAUCUUGGCAUGCCAAGUUAAAGAAGGCAGCCCUAGUAGCGACAGUCUACUUCAUUUGGAACGCUCGAAACAGGUUAAUUUUCGAAAACGAAGUGCAAACGCCGGAGCAUGUCAUCCGCAAGAUACAGACGCAUGUCUACCGAACUUUAUUCAUGCUGUACCCAAACGUUCUUGCCGACGUAGAAAGAAGGGCCCUUGGAGAAUGCUAGGCCACACUGGCCUGCGCGCCGUACCACGCAUUUGCCUUGUGUAUCUUGUACUUUGGGACUUUAGAUUGAGCAACCAACUUGUGGUUCGCCAUCUAGAUAGUAAACCGUGA